UAUGCUUAUGGGCACCAGACGAACAGUGAAGAAUCGAAGACAGUUUAUUCACCAGUUAGUCGCUUGUGAUACAUCGGCGGUGAAAGUUGUAUUCUAACGUUCGCUCUCUUGUGUACUCGUUAAUUUGUGAUAACAUUAAACUCAUCUUGUUUAAGACUAACUGUUCCACUAAAUCAAAUUAAAUACAAUGGAAACCGCCACCGCUACUUCCCUCAAGGACUACAAGAAAGUCGGUGUUGAUCUCAAGACCCAGCUAGAGAGUUUUAAUACAGAAAAUCUCUCAAAGGCCGACACUCAGGAGAAAAUUGUGCUUCCAACUGCCGAAGACGUCCAGGCUGAAAAGACGCAACAGAGCCUUUUUGCCGGCAUUGAAUCGUUCGAUUCAACCAAGUUGAAGCAUGCUGAGACAUGUGAGAAAAACCCGCUACCGGAUAAGGAAGCUAUCCAACAAGAGAAGGGACAGAAAAAUUUCAUCAAUUGCAUUGAAUCCUUCGAUACUUCCAAGCUAAAGCACACAGAAACAUGUGAAAAAAAUCCGUUGCCAACCAAAGAAACGAUUGAAGAGGAGAAAAAAGCUUAAAUAUUAAGAGCGAAAAAAAACACGCAUCAACGAGACCAUUUCAUUUUACCGCAUAGUAAUACAACUAAAUGUGCGUCCAUUACAGGACUUAAUCCUAUUGUGAAACACUAUGAAAUAAUUUUAUAACUAUUUAUAGAUUCACGGUAACACUACUUCUUGAAAACAGGUCUGUCUACAGUUUAGGACUCUUUAUUUCUUUUUCAUAUUGAAGUAUUUUAAAUCAACGACUCCAGUAUACAGGUGAUUAUCAAUCCGAUUGAGAUCCUAUGUGCAUUUGAAAAAUAGAUUAAGUUGGGCCAGGACGAUGAAUAAAGUGUAAAAUCAAUCGAUUCACUGCAUUAAUAAAAGCAGUAUUAUUCCUAUCAUUUAUACGUUCAUUAAAAUUACUUCAUAUACAUUGCAUGUUACCAAGAAGACAUAAACACUCAUACGAAAUUCGGAAGCUUAAUUGUGUUAUUGUGCAAAAGAAUAUAUUAUUACGGAAAAACAUCAGCGAAGGAAAAAAAUGCUUCAAUAUCAGUUAAACUGACAAAAAACAACUCUUCAUGAAAACUAUUCAAAGACUAAAUUUUUAUGGAACGAAAUAUAGCAUUAGAAUUUUGAUACUAACUGACGAAUAAAAAUGUAUAAAUUAUAAAAAAAAA